AUGGCUACUGUGAACAUGAACUGCAUUGAAUUCUAUAACCCCAACCCCAAACGUACCUUCAAGGCCUCACAGGUUCAGCCGACGAAGUCGGUGUUGAACAAUCACCGGCAGCCUCUACAACCCAACAGAUCACCAUCUGCAACGUUAGCGGGGGAUGUUCAAGAUAACCACUCGUUAGAUGACUCUCUUCCGUCGCUUGAAGAGCUGCUCCGUCCUCUUCAAAACGGAGACAUCCCUCGGGUGCCACAUCAAAACCACAAGCCCCUCCAUAUCUCGAAGCGCCAACUGAACGACGAGGGCCAUCUGCUUACAGGUGCCACAACCCCGAACUCGGCCUAUGUGCCAGGCAAUACCCAAAGAGAGCCCCUAAUUAUCGAAGAUGACAGCGACGAUGAAAGCGACGACGAGGCUGAGGCUGGAGCUGCCUGGAGCGAUCUCCAGCCUCAGCUUCUUGCCAGCAUUGAGGAUCAAGACGCGAGCGAGUGUGGUCUUGCCACUCAAGAUACUGCCUCGACCGCCAGCAGCCUAUUUGACCCCUCUACUCCUCGAGACUCAGAUUAUCUCAGUGCUGAUGGUUUCUCUAAGGAUGGACAACAACUCCCGUCUUUCGCAGAGCUGGACUCGAAAUUUCCUGUUCACGUUCGAAGACCUUCUCCAAAUUGCUCUGAGCUAGCUGAGACAACAGGUCAUGAUCAAAUUCACCAGGAUGUCGAGAAGGCCAUAGUCGACGAAAUGAGGCCUUCUCCACUACGCGAGAGGGCUUGUGGAUCGUGCGACCGUGGCUACGUCUGCGAUAUCGAGGAUGAACUACAACAAACUUCAGCAGAAGCGGGGGGACCACUGCGUUCAAGCGCAGCUCACUCCCAAUACAAUCAGAUGGACCAGGAAAGUCAAAAUAAUACAGACGUUCGGGGUACUUCGAGGGAAGAACGAUUAUGGGAAGAGACAAUUGAACAGCAGCAUUGCCAACAAAAUGAGCAAGAAGACGAACAGGAGGACAACACAGAGGCGACCAGUAGCGAGGACAAACGCCCGAUUAGCUACUACCAGCAAACAAAGGACAGCCCUCAGCACCAACAGCUGGAAGACAAGACCAUAAUUGCAACCCCUCUCUCACAAGACCGCGAACACAGCAUCAAAUCAUACCGUAAGGACAAUGAGGAUACUGAGGACAACGAGGAUGAUGAAGAUGACGAGGAUGUGCGACCUCCAAGACGACGAAAGCGCCGCCGCAGAGAGUCUGACGCGAUUGAAACCGCCACCCUCAAGAAGGUCCACACGCGCUUGUUCACUGUAGCCCAAGCCCAGACCUGCACUACUCGAGGAUCUACAGUUUCUCGGAGUUCACCAGACGAUGCGGAGUCAGCUCUAGGCGCAGACUACCAAGAAUAUCCUCUUCAGGGCUUUCUCAAGCGUAUUCGUUCAGGCCAUCAAUCGGUCUCCACAUAUCAAAUUGCACAUCUAGCGGGGAAUCAGUUGGAGGAUCAACGAAUCCACGGGUUUGCGCAUCCCAUGCAAAGAGGUCGCGGCCAGCUCUGCAGAAGCAGAGAAAGUGACCGCCUUUGCGAGAACGAAUUGCGAACAGACCUGCUGAAAGAGAAAGACAAAUUGCCAUGGGACGAAAUUGCGGAGUUCUUCCCAGGGAGGAGCAAAGGGACAUUGCAAGUGCGCUACAGCACAAAGCUGAAGAACCGCUCGCAGACGUCGAAGUACAAGAAAGGCAAGGGAGUAUGCUCAUCAGCGUUUUCAACGGACUUGGUUGAUCCACAGCUUCGAGAUGCCCUUCCUUCCACAUCAUCUCUAGCAGCAACUGCAGACUUCAUCACGGGUCCUCACAGAGACAUACUAUCAACUGGGAACAAAGAGCAUACAACACUGCAGCUGCGUUGUGGCAGCCAAGGAAUGGAAAGCGAUACAGAUGAGAUCUGCGACGUUGAAGUGCUGCUUGCCAAGUUGACAGUACGUAAUGUGGUUUGGUACCUCGUGAAGUGGGAAGGUUUUGGUGAUGAUGAAAAUACAUGGCAGGAACAGGGCGACAUCAGUUUGGAUCUUGUUGACAAUUUUGAGGCGAGCUAUCAAGGGAACUUCGGUGUGGAAUUACUCAAGAAGCGAGAACGGAGAGGGAAAAUUAAAUAUUUUGUUAAAUGGAAGGGUCAUCCAGCGGGUGAGAAUUCCUGUGUAAUGGUGGGUGCACCAGAUAUGAGAAUCUAG